GAUUAAUACCUUGCUCACCUUGUUCUACCUGGUGCACAUGUGCUCCUUUAACUUUCACACUGCGACAAGGCUACAUACUAUCUGUGUUAUUAAAAGCCUUUAAUCCAAAUAUCCAAUUACACAAACUGUUUUCUAUGUGACCGUCUACAGAGAAAGCCUUAACUGAACAUUAACAGUAAGGAAUGGGGCUGUAGUAUGUACACAGUGUGUAAAGAAAAUAAAAAGGAGCUUGCUUUGGGUGUGCUGCUGAACCUAAAACAAGGCAGACCUGUUCACAGUCUCUCACGGAGCUGAAGGCUACAACAGGACAGGUUAAAAUAGUAGACAAGGUCAGAAUUUCGAAACUCUAAACAACUGAUGCUGAAAACAAAGUUUAAUAUUGAAAUAGUAUUAACAGUCCUUGUCUUCUGGACUUAAGGAAACAGUAAUAAAACAAUAAGAUGACGGUUUAAAAGAAUUAACUCCACAGCAGAAAUCACAUAAAGCUGUUACCCACAUUACUUAGCUUUUCUGACUGUUUUAAUUUGAUCUCAGACCACUGUUUUGGCUUCGUUGCAUACUGCUUUGUAGUAGUUGUAAUGUUAUUUUUGUCUUGGGAAGUCGAUGAUGCCUCGUUAAGAAGUUGUGAAAUCUGCUCAGACGAAAGCGUUAUUCAGUCAUAGCGUAAAGAUGAACAAAGGGAAGUCUUAUUUAAUACGAGUUUGGCAGCUGUCGUGACUAUUAACUGCAGGUGCAGGAAUGAACAGGUCCAGGUCCAGCUGGGAUAAAAAAGCCCCCCAGCCUCCAGUCACCAGGAUAACCCGCAGCUCCAGCUCCCAGGCUAGGCACAACGACCCGGCAGAGAGCCAGGACUCUGGGCCGGGACCGUAUGGAAAACAACGAAAAAAGCAAACGGACUCUGCUUUGGCCCAGGACCUCAGCCAGAUGAGUGUGAGCGGACAGGACGGUUUACCUUUAAGUAAAGGAAAGAUGUCCAAAGGCAGCAGUGACCCUGUGCAGGCUGGUCAGUCCUCUGGGUCCAGAUCUGAUCAGGGCAGUCCUUCUGCGUUUGCUGCCAAGUCAUCAUCCCGGGGCGGUCUGGCCUCUGUUUCUCGGCUGGUGAAGCUCGGCCGCUGUAAGAAUGUGGUGGUGGUGGCCGGAGCGGGAAUCAGCACAGCCAGCGGCAUCCCAGAUUUCAGAACUCCAGGAACAGGUCUUUACGCCAACUUGGAGAAGUACAACAUCCCUUACCCCGAAGCUAUUUUCAACAUUGACUACUUCUCAAACGACCCGCAGCCUUUCUUCUCCCUGGCCAAGGCUCUGUAUCCCGGCAGCCACCGACCCAACUACAUACACUACUUCAUCCGCAUGCUUCAUCACAAAGGCCUGCUGCUCCGAAUGUACACCCAGAACAUUGAUGGACUGGAGAAACUGUGUGGCAUCCCAGAUGACAAACUUGUAGAGGCUCACGGUAGUUUUGCCACAGCUUCCUGUCACCUGUGCUACACUGCAUACCCUGCUGAAGAGGCUAAGCAUGCCAUAAUGAAUGACAACGUCCCCAUAUGCACAUUCUGCGCUGCAACAGUCAAACCUGAUGUUGUGUUUUUUGGAGAGGACCUUCCUCAGAAGUAUUUCCUCCACACUAAAGACUUCCCCAAAGCAGACCUGCUAAUCAUUAUGGGCACAUCUUUACAGAUCGAGCCAUUUGCCAGCCUGGUGAAUACAGUGCGCUCCACUGUGCCACGUCUCCUCCUGAACCGACACGCUGUGGGUCCCUUUGAGAAGGUCCCACUGCGGAGAGGAGACCACAUGGAGCUGGGUGACCUGGAGGAUACAGUACGGAGGUUUGCUGAGAUGCUCGGCUGGAGCGAUGACAUUGAAGAGCUGAUGGGGAGCCAGGAAACACUGAGGUUCCCUACAUUGAUAAGCAGCCCUCCGUCAGUGAGCGGACAGACACCUUGCCAGAGCAGAGGUGCUUCAGAGUCUCCAGGUAGGAUGGAGACAUCCAGGCCCAGACCAGGAGCUCAAAGAGCAGCCAGCAGCGGCAGCGAAGAGACAGACUCGGAGACAGACAGCAAGAGCUCUGCAUCAUCCAGCCUGAGCAACUGACUCUGCAUGUUUCAUAAACGAUGGCACUGGAAAGGUUUGAUACAGUUUCUUCUCUCUUUAGUUCACACUAAGACUGUUCUCCUGUUAACAUGUUACUGUUCAUCUGGUUAUUUUCUGCUAGUGGCAAAAUGGUUUUUGUUGUGUGACAGUGCAUCAUUUUACUUCUUCAUCUGGGAGUCACAGUUCAUGUUCAUGCUAUGUUCAUAUGUAAAUCAAAAAACCCUAUUAAAUACAGUUUAUCAAGCUCAGCAAGCAUACUUAAAGCACUUAUUAUAGAGGGAGGGUCCAUCCAGAACACUAGUAAAUAAAUAUCUGAACCAUGUAACAAAAAUCCUAAUGUUUCUUCAGGUGUUCUUAUAUGUCCCAUGUCAGUAAACUUGUUAAUGUUUUAUAUAUAAGCACAACACUGUACUUUUAACAAUAUUUAAUAAAAGUAUUGGGUAAUUUGCA